AUGCAGCUCUUUUUCCUCUUCUUGUGCGCGUUUCUGGCGCUCACAGCCUCAGCUGCUCCGUAUAUCGUGACCUCUUACGUUGUCAUAUCCGUGGAAACAUUUACCUACUAUGGCAGCACCGAACUCUACACCGAAACAAGUGUAGUCGCAAAGCCCACAGCUUCAGUAUCCGUCCUGUCAACCUUGACUGAAUCUGCUGCGUAUGCCGAUGUCACGGUGGUCUACGAAGUCCUCCAAAGUGGUCAGCCAACUUCCCGCACGUACAACACUGGUACCGACGAAGUUUUGUACACCAGCUAUGUGGUUCCGAUCACAUACUCUGCGGAUGCGACAUGCAGUCAAGACUGGACGUAUUCUACGAACGUCCCAGUGUCCCUACCAGCAGUUAUUAAGCCCACCCCGGUUACGGCCACCACUUCAACUACCACACAUCCGUACGGAUAUGGGUACAGCAAACCUCAAGAGACCUUUGUCGUGGCCGUACUGAACGCCAGCGAUGUCGAUGCAGCUGAAGUCGCGUCGGCGAGCAGUGCCUACGCACCAUCCUACAUUAGUUACUGCUACUACACACCAACUACAACAUGCUCCACUCCCACCGGAACAGCAGCACAAUGCACAACAACUUUCGUCUACGACUCUUCAUCCUCCAAUCGAGGCAGCUUCUAUGAAGACCCCUACUACACAGGCUACUGGUGGACACCCCUGAUCCUCAUCUGUGUGCUCGUUCCUGUCGGCUGGUUCCUGCUCUGGUUAAUCAUCGGCCUCUUCGAGAGCUGGAUGUCCUUCAAGGGUCUCAUGCUCGGCCAGCACCGCAAGAGAGGUCUGCCAUACGCAUGGUGCUGCAUCAGCAUUAUCUUCCUGUGCUGGACAGGACCGACAUACAAGGCGAAGAGUCCGGAGGAGCAAGCGGUGAUGCUGGAGAGGUGGAAGGCGAUGAAGGCGGGCGAGAAGUUCAAGUUGUGGAUGAAGUGGGGGUUUAGGUGGAAAUAUCCGACGAUGUUGGGUGAGGAGCCAGAAAUUGCGAAGAGAGCGCUGAGACAGGGUUGUUUGUGA